CCGUUUGCGGUCGCCUAUUCUGGAACUCAUUCUUCAACCUCGGUUUGCAGGUCGUAAGAUAUGGGUUAACAGGCGUUUUUUUUGGCCUCCUGGCCCACUAAUAGAGCUCCAUAAUUACACAGCUAUGCAACAGAGACUUGCGUUUUAACCAAAAUUGCAAACAGAUGAAGGUUACCGCUGAACAGUCGCGUGAAAAGGUAGCGCAAAGCAGUUGAAGCUGAGCCACCGCUUGCGGAAACCAAUGGGAACAGUAGGAAUGCUACUUAACCCGUUUACGGUCGCCUAUUCUGGAACUUAUUCUUCAACCUCGGUUUGCAGGUCGUAAGAUAUGGGUUAACAGGCGGUUUUUUUGGCUCCUGACCCACUAAUAGAGCUCCAUAAUUACACAGCUAUGCAACAGAGACUUGCGUUUUAACCAAAAUUGCAAACAGAUGAAGGUCACCGCUUAACAGUCGCGUGAAAAGGUAGCGCAAAGCAGUUGAAAGUUCUUAUCCAACAAUAAUGACGUCAAGCGUGUGUAGCUCAAUGAAGCAACUGGAAUUGGAUUAUAUAAAGAGCCUUACCUAUCUCGCCUGAAAGGCGUAUGACACAAAAAAAGACAAGCAAGAUUCCAACUUCUCGCUCUCUAUUUUGGCGCUUUCAGACCAGUUUCUCAUUUCUGACAUUUUCAGUAUCUUCAAAACAAGCUUUAUUAGGCAUAUUACAACCUGGUAACAUGGCAACAUCACAGAUCUCAGUUGCUAUUGCAGGAGCGGGCGAUCUUGCCAAGUACGUUGUCGAAGAAUGCAUAAAGCAGAAAUUGCGCGUCCUUGUUCUAAGCCGAAGCCGCAAUGACUGGUUUGCGAACAAAUCUCCUGAUGUGACGAUGCAUAUCACCGACUACUCAAUUGAUUCCAUCGUUCAAGCUCUUGACGCCAACAAGGUUACAUGUCUCUUUAGCACGCUCAAUUGCUUUACUCUAGAGACCUACUUACCUCCACAUGUGUCUAUGCUGGAGGCAUGCAAGCAGUCUAAGAGCUGCAAACGAUUUUCUCCAGCAUACUUUUGCGGGAAUAUUGACGAAGUUCCGGGCCUUCCACGGUUCUACAAAGAUUCGCGCGAAGGGUUUUUAAAGACAUUAGCAUCGACUAGUCAAGACAUCGAGUGGACGACCAUAUCACAUGGCUGGUUUAUGGACUAUGCUAUCAUUUUUGCAGAACCAUUCAACCGCAGCGACAAAAGCUAUCUCAAGGCACUCCCUGGUUGGUCGAUUGAUAUGAUGCAAUGGAAGGGAAUUCUGCCUGGUACUGGAGACGAGCGCGCAUCGUUCACAUCGGCACGUGAUGUCGGCAAGGCAAUAGCCAGUCUAGCUACUACAUCGACGCCAUGGCCUAGACAUACGUAUAUCUCGGGGGAGGAUACAACUUGGAACAAGCUGGCUGACAAGCUUGAACAGUUCUAUGACCGCAAGCUAGUGGAGCGCAGCUAUCGUUCAAUGCGUGAAAUUAAGGAAGGCCUUGCCUUAGAUCAAGAAGACAUGGGCCGUCAAUUGCAGCUUCAGCUGCAAGAGUGGACUGUUGCUGGUGGGCAAGGUUUACCGAUUAAUGAAGUUGAGAGGCAACGAAUAAAGUACUUCAAGGAUAUUAGAUUUGAGAGUAUAGAUGACUUUUUAGAACACUCGAAAGGUGAGGUUUAUAGUAACUAAUAUACUAUUUCUAGCUUCUAUAAUAUAAAGGUUAGCAGAGUUUAGUUAGGCUCUAGCUCCUAUGCGGUACUAGAUCGUAUACUUCCCCUGUCACAUGCUCGAUAGAGAUUAGCUAGAAAAAAAACGUUCGCCCUACUCUAUUGCAUGAGGUUACGCUUUGGCGGGUCGUCAGCUUGCUAUUUAGGUUUAAUCGUAUCAUUCCCCAUCUUUUUUUAUUCUUCUUUUCGUUUCUUUUUUCUUCGUCUAUAGAGUAGUUAAAUAGAAAGAGGAGAUAAGCUUCAAUCAAUGUAACGGUCUCAACUGAGUAUAUUGACAACUAGCUGAGCGACUACUACGAGUAUCCGAAGAUGAAGAAGAAGGGAUCGAAAAGGGGCUAUUCCAGCUAGCUGGAAUAGC